AGUUAAAUUGCCAAAAUUGAAUAGAUGAUUUUAUUUUAAUAUUUAAAUAUAUAGAACAUAAAUAUUAAAACUGUACGAUGACAAAUAUCACAUCUACUUUGAUUUUUUUUGUCAAUGGUAAAAAGGUUGUUGAAACCAAAGCUGAUCCACAAUGGACUUUACUUUAUUAUUUGAGAACUAAAUUGAGUUUAUGUGGAACUAAAUUGGGAUGUGCUGAAGGAGGAUGUGGAGCUUGUACUGUAAUGAUAUCAAAAUACGAUCGUUUGAAAAAUUGUCCACUACACAUGGCUGUCAAUGCUUGUUUAUGUCCCGUAGUUAGUGUACAUGGAUGUGCUGUAAUAACAGUUGAAGGUAUUGGUAGCACUAAAACAAGAUUGCAUCCUAUACAAGAACGAAUAGCAAAAAGUCAUGGAACUCAAUGUGGCUUUUGUACACCGGGUAUCGUGAUGUCAGUAUAUGCAAUGCUUAGAUCUCUAGAAAAAACACCGGGUGAAAAAGAUCUAGAAAUCGCUUUACAAGGUAAUUUGUGCAGAUGUACAGGUUAUAGACCAAUUUUAGAAGGAUUAAUGAUGUUGACUAGUAGUAAUAAGACUACAAGCAUAUGUUCAAUGGGAGAAAAAUGUUGUAUGAAGACUAAGAAAAAAAUUGAAAAUGACAUCGAAUAUGUAGUAAAAUCUGAUUUUUUACCUUACGACUCAUCUCAAGAACCAAUUUUUCCACCGGAACUUGUACUAACUAAAAAAUUUGACGAGGAGUAUGCGGUAUUUAGAGGUAGGAAGACGACCUGGUACAGGCCAACAACACUUUUAGAGUUAUUGAAACUUAAGUCUGAACAUCCCAAUGCUCGAAUAGUUGUCGGAAACACCGAAAUUGGAGUUGAAAUUAAGUUCAAAGAUUGUCAGUAUCCUGUUAUGAUACAACCCAACAAGGUUUCAGAGUUAAAUGUCAUUAAAAAAAGUGUAAAGGGAUUAAUCGUUGGAGCUGCGGUAACUAUUGACAAAUUAGAAAAUGAGUUGAAAAAAUUGGUAGAUACCAUGCCAGACUAUAGAACCCAAGUAAUAAAAUCUUUAAUAGAGAUGAUUCCCUGGUUUGCUAGCAAACAGAUUCGUAACGUUGCUUGUAUAGCUGGAAAUAUUGUUACGGGAAGUCCUAUAUCAGAUUUAAAUCCAAUAUUUUUAGCUGCACGUUGUCAGUUAAAAGUUCAGAGUGAAAAAAACGGAAUACGAUUCCUGAAAAUGGACAGUACUUUUUUCACAGGUUAUCGAAAAACUUCCUUAAGCCCGGAUGAAGUGGUAAUAGAUUUAUUUAUCCCAUUUACAAAGAAACAUACAUUUUUUAAAUCAUUUAAACAAUCAAGAAGAAAAGAAGAUGAUAUAGCAUUAGUUAAUGCCGCAUUUUAUGUAGAGAUGUCAAAUAAUACGGUAAAAGAUGCAGAAUUUGUUUUUGGUGGUAUGUCAUCUACUGCAGUUAUAGCUCAAAAAACUAAAUCGUUAGUUAUUAAUAGCGAAUGGUCAGAGACUAUGUUAGAUGAUGUGUAUUUGGAGUUACUCAAUGAUUUACCACUGGCAUUAAAUGCCCCUGGAGGAAUGGUAACAUAUCGAAAAUCUCUUGUUUUAAGUUUAUUUUUUAAAUUCUAUCUUUAUGUGAGCAAUCAAUUACAUUUGGGAAUGACACACGUGGAAAAUAACUAUAACGCUGCUGUGAGCAUUUCAAAAUAUGCUCAAUAUUAUCAAAUAAAUCCAAAUUCUCAGAAUUCUGAUGAUGCUAUUGGUAAACCAUUAGUUCAUAAGUCAGCUAUAGAACAAACUACAGGCGAAGCGGUUUAUUGUAAUGAUAUACCUCCUCGUUCCGAUGAACUUUAUUUAGCUAUUAAAACGUCUAUUCAUGCUCAUGCUAAGAUAAUUAAAAUUGACUAUACUGAGGCUUUAUCAUGUUGUGGUGUGGUAACAAUAGUGGAUGAAAAAGAUUUACCUGGAAAUCGUAAUAUGGUUGGUAUAAUGCCGGUAAAAGAUGACUAUGUUUUUGCUAGAGAAAAGGUGAUCAAUUUUGGGCAAGUAAUUUGUGGAUUAAUUGCAACAGAUCCGAUAAUUGCUCAGGAUGCAAUUAAAUUAAUACAUAUUGAGUAUGAAGAAUUAAAGCCAAUAAUAACAAUUGAGGAAGCCAUUACAAAUGAAGCAUAUUAUGAUGCUCGAUGUGCUUACUGGGAAAAAGGGAGUAUAGAUCAAGGGUUUAAAGAGUCAAGUCGCUCUAUAAAUGGUUCUUUGAGAAUAGGAGGCCAAGAUCAUUUUUAUUUAGAAACGCAUUGCUGUAGAGCAAUACCGUUAAAUGAACACAAUGAGAUCGAAAUUAUAAGUGCAACACAAAGCCCAAGUGAAUUACAGACAUGUAUUUCUCAUUGUUUGGAUAUCCCAGCAAACCGUAUAGUUUGUAAAACAAAGCGUAUUGGUGGUGGCUUUGGUGGUAAAGAAACUAGAGGAUUUAUUGUAGCUGUACCAUGCGCAAUAGCUGCUAUGAAAACUGGAAAACCAGUAAGAUGUAUGCUCGAUAGACACGAAGACAUGUCAGUCACUGGUGGUAGAAAUCCAUUUUUAUGUCAGUACAAUGUAGGAUUUAAUGAAGAUGGGAUAAUGCAAGUAUUAGAUAUGUCGGUUUAUUGUAAUGCAGGGAGUUCCAGGGAUUUGUCCACGAGUACAAUUGAGAAAUGCAUUUGUCACAUAGCAAAUGCGUAUCAUAUAGAUCACGUUAGAGUAUCAGGAUAUGCAUGCGCAACAAAUUUAUCAUCUAAUACAGCCUUUAGAGGAUUUGGUGCUCCGCAAGGGAUGUUCUUUGCGGAAUCAAUCAUCGAUCAUAUAGCUAAAGAGUUGGGCAUUGAUUCAAAUGUAGUGAGAGUUAAAAAUUUUUACAGCAACGGUCAAAUUACGCAUUAUAAUCAAUUGGUCUCUAAUUUUACUGUAAAAGAUUGUUGGAACGAAGUAUUAGAAAGAUCCAACCACACAUUAAAAUUCAACGAAAUCGUAGAGUUCAAUAGAAUGAAUCGAUGGAAGAAACGUGGAAUCGCAGCUAUACCGACAAUGUAUGGUAUUGGAUUUUCAGGAGGAUCUACAUUUUUAAAUCAAGCUGGUGCUCUUAUACUAAUUUAUGAAGACGGCUCUGUACUGUUAACACACGGGGGAGUCGAAAUGGGCCAAGGAUUGCACACGAAAAUGAUUCAAGUGGCUAGUAAAGGCUUGGGUAUUUCCACGGAUUUAAUACACAUUAAAGAAACUAGCACGGAUAAAGUGGCUAAUAUGUCACCGACAGCCGGUAGUUUCAGUUCCGACCUCAAUGGGAUGGCUAUUCUUAAUGCAUGUGAGAUAAUUAAUAAAAGAUUGGAACCGAUAAAGAAAAAAAAUCCAACAGGUUCAUGGGCCGAGUGGGUGAAAACGGCUUAUUUUGACAAAGUGAACUUAUGUGCAUCGGGAUUUUAUGCAAAUCACAUUAUAGGAACAACAACAGACCAAGGCACGGUCAACUAUCAUUUAUAUUUUACUAAUGGAGCAGCUGUUUCGGUGGUAGAAGUGGAUUGUUUGACUGGUGACCAUGAAGUUUUAAGUACCGACAUAGUGAUGGACGUUGGACAAAGUUUAAAUCCAACAAUAGAUGUGGGGCAAAUCGAAGGGGCAUUUAUGCAAGGUUACGGAUUAUUCACAUUAGAGGAACUAGUAUACAGUCCAAAAGGAAUACUGUACACUAAAGGCCCUGGUACAUAUAAAAUACCAGGAUUUUCAGAUAUACCAAAACAAUUUACGGUUUCACUGUUAAAAGGUUCAGAAAAUUCAAGAGCUGUUUAUUCAUCAAAAGCUAUUGGAGAACCCCCAUUGUUUUUAUCUUCUUCGAUUUUUUUCGCCAUCAAAAAUGCAAUAUAUUCAGCUAGAAAAGAUGCUGGCAUUACAGGAUAUUUUAGACUUGAUGCUCCAGCAACUGUAGAAAAAAUUAGAAUGUCUUGUCAAGACACAAUUAUUGAUAAGCUGGAAAAAUAUGAAACUAAUACAGAAGAUUCAUGGAGUAUCAUAGUUUAAAUGCUAUUACAUUUUUUAUAAAAAUAAAUUAAUAUUUUAUAGUUUGAGAUAUAAAAAA